UUCUUGUUUACCAUCCGAAGCGUGUCACCUCUCUGGCUGGCACGCCUUGUUAACUUUUCAACCUUACUGCCUCCCCGAAGCUGUAGCCCAUUACCUUGUCUUGUCGCCAUGCCCGACGUAGAGGACCGUGCACCAGCGGCUACUAACUUCGUCGUCGGAAACAACUACCAGGUCCUCGAUGUGAUCGGCGAAGGUGCCUAUGGAGUUGUCUGCUCAGCCCUGCACAUCCCGUCGGAGCGCAAAGUCGCGAUCAAGCGCAUAACACCGUUCGACCAUUCCAUGUUUUGUCUGCGUACAUUACGCGAGAUCAAGCUCCUGAGGCAUUUUCAUCACGAGAAUAUCAUCUCGAUCUUGGACAUCCUGCGCCCACCCAGCCUUGCCGACUUCAAGGAGGUCUACCUCGUGCAGGAGCUCAUGGAAACGGAUCUCCACCGCGUCAUACGCACGCAAGAGCUCAGCGACGAUCACUGUCAGUACUUCAUUUAUCAGACUCUGCGAGCCCUCAAAGCCCUGCACUCUGCCGAUGUGUUGCAUCGCGAUCUCAAACCUUCUAAUCUACUCUUGAAUGCCAACUGCGACUUGAAGCUAUGUGACUUCGGUCUGGCCCGCUCGGCUCGACCACCUCCAAAUGUCGCCAACGAUAGCAGUACCUUUAUGACAGAAUACGUUGCCACAAGGUGGUACCGUGCUCCGGAAGUCAUGCUGACUUUCAAGGAAUAUACCCGUGCGAUUGAUAUCUGGAGUGUGGGCUGCGUACUCGCGGAAAUGCUCAGUUCGAAGCCUUUGUUCCCUGGUCGAGACUACCAUCACCAACUGUCGAUUAUUCUCGACGUGCUAGGAACACCGUCCCUAGAUGAUUUCUACGCGAUCACGUCGCCGCGAUCGCGAGAAUACAUCCGCGCACUGCCAUUUAGGAAAAAGAAGCCGUUCAACACCAUUUUCCCAACCGCAAACCCGUUGGCCCUUGACCUUAUGGAGAAAUGUCUGACGUUCAGCCCGAAAAGGCGAAUCGAGGUCGAGGACGCUCUGAAACACCCUUAUUUAGAGGCAUAUCACGACCCACAAGACGAGCCAACGGCAGAACCGCUGGACCCCUCGUUCUUCGAUUUCGAUUACGGCGAAGCGCUUGGUAAGGAAGAACUGAAAGUCCUGAUCUACGAGGAGGUUACAACACCGCGAACGCAGUCAUAACACGGUUGUGCAAGCAGAGUUGGUAAUGUGCUUGGAUGGUAUACCCUGCAGCUGAUCGGAUGGACGCCAGCGUCCGCGUAGUAAUAUGUAUCAUAAUAAGUACAUACAGAUGAGUUUACCGUGUGUACAUAUAAUAAGACAAUCUCGUAACCCAUGGGACGAGCAAUCCCUCG